AUGGCCAACAAUCCCACUUUCAAGCCAUCGCCAUUGUCGUUCGGGUCGCCGAGGGCAUCGCCCUUCCGGCGCCCGUCGACUCCGAAUUCCCCGCCCUCCGCCGGUCGUAUAGGAACUCCAGGGAGUUCACCUAGUCGCAGCUAUACACCCAUAGUGUCGCCUAGCAAGCUGAACCAGUCCUACACAGCCGCAGAUCGUGAAUCGGCGUCACCCAAGAGCGAAGCGCCCAUUCCCCAGCCCAACUUUAAGAGAGAGCUUCCUCCCUCCCCGACCAAAGGAGCGCAGUCACCAGGUGCCUCGUCGCCGAUUCAGGGAAUCAGAUCUCCUGGCAGGUCUCCUGGAUAUACCGGCCUUGCUGGCGACGCGGCUGCGAAGCUGCCAGCCCACCAAGUCAGGGAAAUCAGAGAAGCUUUCCAGGUUUUAGACCGAGACAACGAUGGACUGGUAAACAAGGACGAUGUGAUUGACGUACUUACAACUUUGGGUCAAGACUCGUCCUCGUCUACAGUUUCGCGCUUCUUCCCAACAGGAUCAGGCCCGACAAUUAACUUUCCGACCUUUUUAAACACAUUAUCUGGGCUUAUGGCAGCCAUGUCACCCUCACAGGAGCUUCUCAACGCCCUCGCUGCCUUUGAUGACGAUGACAAUGGACAGAUUGAUGUGGGUGAAUUGCGCGAUGCUCUCCUACACACUACCCCCGAGGGCGGAGAAGUGCGCUUGACCGAGCGACAAAUCGAUGAAGUCUUUAGCGGGUUCACCGGGCGACGAGCGUUCGGCAGAGGAGCAAAGUCAGCUGGAAUGGGCAAGAGAAGCGAGGUUUUCCAAUAUCAUGACUUUGUCCGCAAUGUCAUGGGUGGAGAAAAUGGGAAUAAUGCAAAUGCUGAAGGAAACCCAGCUCAAGCCUGA